UUGAGCAUGAUUUGACUGAAAGAAAGAAAAGAAAGACAGAAAUAAAGACUUGAGAGGAAAUUACUGAAAAGAGCUGCACAUCUUACGAGGAUUUUUUUCCUGAAGAUAUUCAAACAAUUUGAAGGAGAAACUGCCAUUGAUUCAACCCUCCUUGUUGGACAUGGAAACAAAUGGCAGAUAUCAUUGACCUCUGAUGAGACAAUGCGGUCACUUUUGAGGACUUAAAGGGAUAUUAAAUGAGCAUAAGUCAACAGUCUUGAAGAGAUCUCUCCAAGAAAAAUUCACUUUACUUCACACUUGUUGGGACUUUUUAAGGCAUUUCAGAAUCUAUCAGAGAAAUUUUUACAUGAUACAUGAUAACUGCCCUCCAGGGAAGACUGAAUACUGCUGAAAGGCUUUUAGGCAACAGGAUAUUCCUCAGAUAAGCCUUUUAACGUUUACUUUGGGAAAAUAUUACAAGACAUUUCAUUGCAUUCCUCUGGAAUAGAAUUAAACAUUUCAGGUUAUUCAAUGCGGAAUUAUUAUUUUACUAAUUUACCAUAUAUUCACACUACUUUUAGACAAGUUGUUGAUCUUGUUAUUUAUUUGCUAGUGAAUGUGAUUUGUGAGCCAACUGUUGAGACGUACUGCUGAAUAUUCGAUCUAAUUCUCAAAGCACACAAUCAAUCAACAUAGAUUUAUUUUACCUGCUUAUCACCAACAAUUUUCAGUCUCAAGACUUAAACCAGACAGAAGAGAAAAAAGAAAGAGAGAUGGCACAGAAAGAGGGAGGAACAGAGCAGGGGUGUGACAAGACCAGGGACAAUCUUGGGUCCAAAGCCGUGGCUGGUGCCCCUAUUGCAGGUGGAGGUGUGGUGGUGGAGGUCAGGGAGAAGAAGGGACCUCUGCGGGCUGCGAUACCCACAAUGCCUUUCCCUCUGGCUGUCAUCUGUCUGUUUCUGAACACCUUCAUACCCGGACUCGGUACCUUCAUCUCAGCGUUCACGGUGCUGUGUGGAGCUCGCAGUGAGUUGAUCUCCGAGCGAGGUGUUUGUUGUGUGUUCUGGCUCAACGUGGCAGCAGCCCUCAUCCAGAUACUGACAGCUGUUAUCAUGGUUGGAUGGAUCAUGAGUAUCUUCUGGGGAAUGGACAUGGUCAUCCUGGCAAUUUCUGAUGGCUAUAGAGACCAGGGUCUUCCUCAGGAUGUGUGAGAGAGGCUGCUCUCAUGUUUGCUGAUUCAUUACACCUGAUGGGGACCUUUACCUUUGUCGUGACCUGUAGCUGUCUGUCUUUCAAAUGACAAGAGACCUGAAAAUAAAUUAGCUACAUGGAGAAAGGAAGAAUCAGCUGACUGCUCUGUGAGAAAAGGCUGCUGAUCGUUUGAGACCUGGCCACAUAAAUCUGUACAGUCACAAGAAAUACAAUGGAAAAGGAAAACAAUGUGUUUGUCUUUUGUUGAGUGAUCAUAACAGUGCUUCAUGAAUUCUUUCAAUAUUUUUUAUUUGAUAUAUUUGACAAAAAACAUAAAUCUGUAAAAACGUGUGGACCAGACUACAUGUUUCCUGCAUGACAGCAUGGACUAAAUGAAGAAGGAAGGACAAUGUACUGACAUGAGAAAAUUAGGAUGUUGAUUGGCAAACUUUACUUCUGAAUUUUUGGCUUGUGAAUUUUGCCAGAUGAAAACAAACAACAAAACAAACUUCAGCAGUCGCUGUAUAUAAAAUUGUUGCUGUAUGAGGUGUAAUUAACUGAAUGAUGCAUUACAUGUUCUUGCUCUCAUAACAGUCUUUCCAGAAUCAGGGUAACCAGAGUUUCCACUGGGCGUGAAUUGGCUGCCUGGUGCAGCUGCAGUUUAAUUCAGAGUUUUUAGAUUUAUUGUCACAUGGUCUGUAAAUAUCCCAACUUUAGCGUUAGCCUGCUUUAGUGGCCUUUCUAUUGUGAUACAAACACCACAUUGCUGCUCUAAAAAGGUAAAAUAGGUUUAACUUUUAGUGACUAUAAAACAUCCUCCAUCUAAAUUUUUAGGAAAAAAUGUAUCAUCUCAUUAAAUAGCCAGUACUGCAUGGCUGCUAAAUUUAACAAUCACUGAGUACAGAAUCAGCAGCUAUUCAAACAACGGCUGUGGAGCAAACAUGUCUUCCACCGGAGCGUGUGAUCAAACUAUAAAUGGCUCUGAUUCUUCAGAUGUUCAAUAGGUUUAGAUUCAGGUAUAGUAUUUUUCUUUUCUGGCAAUGUUUUACUGCAACAGCAAACACAUCUUUAACACACUAUAUCUUACUGCUGCUGCUGAUGUGUUUCACCUUAAAAUUACAGGGCUGUGUUGAAAAUGACUCAUGCCUCCUGACAAAUUGAUUUGAUUUGAAUUUCACACCUCUUAAAUGUGUAAAUCAGUGUCAAAAGGAUAUUACAUAUUAGUAUAACACUGUGUCUAAUUAACAGCUCUCAAAAUAUCCACUCUCAGUAUUGGCCACCCUGGGGAACCAUAGUCACCCCACCGUCUGUAACAUACAGAUACAUACAAACAAAGAUACAGCUACAAUGAAGCCACAUCCUUUUGUGACUCAGGUCCUUUGUUUGACUAUUUUUAACUUGUUCAAUAAGUGUCACAUCCAUGGUAAGUCAAACAUUCCCAUAAGACAAUUUUUAGGUUGAUGAAUCCACUGUUUUGUGUGUACAUUGUGUAGAUAAUAUAUAUAUUAUAUAUAUGUGUGUGGGUGAUAGUAUGCAAUAUUGGAAAUGUACAUUGUCGAAUAUGUGGUAAAACUACACAGGGGGUGGUCUGCAGGUCAUAGGUAAAGAUGGACAAUUCUAUAAAAUAUUUAACAACUGAACAACAAAAACAACUGCCUUGGAACUGCUGACCAUAACAAAGCCUUCCCCGUGAUCCCACAUCACCUUCCUCACGCACUGAAUCAUUGGCUCACUUCCCUGAAACAUAUCCAAGAGUAUCAGAAGUCAAAGAGCCUUAAACAAGCUGAAAAUGAAUGAGCCAUUUAACAAAAUGUUACUUACUGUACAUCUGAAAAACAGAAAUGCAGAUUACCUCUAUUGUAAUGUGGAACAGAUUCAGAAAAUGGCAUGCAGCAUUGCUGGGAAAAAAGUUGAGAUGGAUUUAUUCAUGGUGAAAUCCCACUAUUGAUUGUGCCUCUACAGAAAUUCAUGUGCAUAAUUCAAGAUGUGAUUUUACCCUCUUCUUUAUUAGAUUUUCUACCGGUGAUGUAUCUCUUUGUUUUUUUUUUAUAAUCCCUGUAGUUUUUGAUUAUCUUCAUUAUCUUAGCCAAAUGCCUUUUUAAAGAGUACUACAUAAUAUAAAGAGUAAUGUUUAGACCUGCUCUAUAUGAAAAGUGCUCCAAGAUAACUUCUGUUAUGACUUGGCGCUAUGUCAAUAAAUUUGAAUCAAAUACUGUAUUUUGGAUGACAACAGCACUGUUUUUGUGUUUUAGUAUAUAAUAGUGUUUGUGUGUGAGACAGAUGAUGAUGACGGUGAUGAUGAUAUUUUAUGCCUUACAUAAGUAUUUUUGUAGCAGUGAUACUAGAGUUUCUUUGCUUUGUUUGGGUUCAGUUUAUAGAUCUGAAAUAAUUGUUAUUUGGAUAUUUGACUAUAAUCUACCUUUCAGCCCUAAACACUGAUUCUACUUGUGUUUCAGGGGGAAUAUUGACUAACUGAAAUGUUUUUUUUUAAAUGAUGGUGGUGUUGUGCUAGCUUUUCAGUUGUAGAAUGAACAUACUGCCAUAUACAGUUUUCUGCAUGCAUAGCUUUGGUGUGAAGUCACUGUAUAAAGUAACACACACACACAAACACAUACACACACUAACGUAACUAUUUUGAGAUUGUAGCGUAGUUCUGUGACUUAGCAACACUGUUUUUAAGCUGUUUGAGAUGACUGAUGACAAAACAUUGCUAUUAAAAAAUGUUUGGGUUCUAA